AGCAGAGCUGGCGGCGCUGACGGGACCGGCCGGGCCGGGACCGGGGCCGGGGCUAGUGGAGGGGCCUGCGCGGCCGCCCGGCCCGGCCGCGGGUCAGGCUCCUGGGACCAUGGGCCUCAGGCCCUGAGGACACAGGGCUCCCUGUGGCCAUGACGACGGGUGACUGCUGCCACCUCCCUGGCUCCCUGUGUGACUGCUCGGGCAGCCCUGCCUUCUCCAAGGUCGUGGAGGCCACUGGCCUCGGGCCACCCCAGUACGUGGCGCAGGUGACUUCAAGGGAUGGCCGGCUCCUCUCAACUGUCAUCCGAGCCUUGGACACAUCAAGCGAUGGUCCCUUCUGCCGGAUCUGCCACGAGGGAGCGAAUGGGGAGAGCCUGCUCUCCCCAUGUGGCUGCACUGGCACGCUGGGCGCCGUUCACAAGAGCUGUCUGGAGAGGUGGCUCUCCUCGUCCAACACCAGCUACUGUGAGCUGUGCCACACGGAGUUUGCAGUGGAGAAGCGGCCGCGGCCCCUCACAGAGUGGCUGAAGGACCCGGGGCCUCGGACAGAGAAGCGGACGCUGUGCUGUGACAUGGUAUGCUUCCUGUUCAUCACGCCACUGGCUGCCAUCUCGGGCUGGCUGUGCCUGCGCGGGGCCCAGGACCACCUCCGGCUGCACAGCCGGCUCGAGGCCGUGGGGCUCAUCGCACUCACCAUUGCCCUGUUCACCAUCUACGUCCUCUGGACGCUGGUCUCCUUCCGCUACCACUGCCAGCUAUACUCUGAGUGGAGAAGGACCAACCAGAAAGUUCGCCUGAAGAUCCGGGAUGCAGAUGGCUCCGAGGACGCCCAGCACUCCUCACUGGCAGCAGGACUCCUGAAGAAGGUGGCAGAGGAGACACCCGUGUGAAGGCCGGGCCAGCAGGGCCAGAGGCAGCUGGUGACGCCCUGGUAUUUGGAAGGACAAAACCGCCCGACCCUUCCUGCACGGCCGGAAUGCUUCUUAGGCCAAGAGACACCAAGCGGAGCUGAUUUCUGUGAUCCCACAUGAAGAUACUGUCCAGCUGUUUUGCACACUGUGGUACAUGAGGACAGAUGGACGUGGCCCUGAGCUUCGGACAGAGCAGGCACCCUGAUCUCGUUCUGAGGCCCACCCGGCCCCCUUGGGGGCCAGCAGCCACGGCCGUAGGUGAACCAGGGCGCCCACGGGGCUGGGAGGUUCCGCAAGCUUCUUGCACUUCUCUGCACCUGACAGGCUUGCUUUCCUGGCACCCCUCGACUUUAUAAAGUUGCACUGCGUUUCAAAAAAACCCACCCCGAAUGAAUAAAAGGAGCCCUUGCUGGACAAAACAGACUUGUCAGUUACAUUUCUGAACCGAGGCCUCAAAGGGAGGCAUCUGAGACCUGAAGGGAGUCAGGUUAAAAAAAACCAAGCCGGCCCCUUAGCUGGUUUUGAGGGAUUUGUUGUGUAAGCCUGGAAGAAGCAAAGCCUGGGUUUUUGAGUGAAGAGCAGGUAGCAGGGUUAUAUAAUAAAUGAUUUAAAGUAAAUACACG